AUGUCAGGUGUCGUGGUCCAGGUUGGCUCCAACGUACACAACAUUCCGGUUGGGUCCAAGGUCGCCGUGAAUCCCGCCCUCGAUGAUCAACAUUACGACAUGGAACCAUGCACCACCUGUGCGAUAGGCAAGCGCAACAUCCACAAACGCUUUGCCUCAUACGGGCUCAGUGCUCCUGGUGGUGGCUUCGCCACCGGGAUUGUUGCCAUGGCACUCAACUGCAUUGUCCUCCCCGAUGCGGUUUCGCUCCAGGUCGGUGCCCUCUUGGGUCCGCUGGCCGUUGCGUGGCAUUGUAUCCGUACCUCUGGCUUUAAGAAUGGUCAGAAGAAAUCGCUGGCCAAAGAGCUUGGUGCUGAUGUCGUGGUCGAUUCGUUAGAGGGGUCUGAGCCUUCCAAUCCGGCGCUGUCUGCUGUUCAUCAGGCUGCACUGGAGAGUGGAAAUCUGCCGGCGCACAAGAUGAUCACCUCCGUAGUUCCGCUGGAGGAUGUAGUCAAAAAGGGCUUUCAUGCAUUGAUGCACAGCAAUGUCUCUCAUGUCAAUAUCUUAGUUCAGCCACGGUCUUGUGUGGGCGAGGUUAGCUAA